GACCGGAAGUGAUUGUUCGGCUAGCAUUAACGACUGCCAUUCCCUAGCUUGUUUAAAUUCGGGAACCUGUGAGGACCUUCACAAUACCUAUAAAUGCCAUUGUUCAGAAGAUUUUACAGGUAGUCGCUGCGAAGUUGUAAUUCCAAAGGAAGUAGCAACGAAUGAAACUCGGCUGUUCACUUCUGAUAGUACCAUGGUAUUUACAGACAAUACAUCGACACCAAGUGCAAACGAGAGAGAAUCUACCAUAAUAGGCAAUAAUUCUUCAGCGGAGCAAAUUCUGGACCUUAUAACUGUUUCAUUAUCGAAUGAUAGUACUUCAUUAUCAAUGAAAGAAUUGCCAAGUGUGAAAACAGAUAGUGAAUUAAGCUCAACAAACCCUGCAAAGAUUACAUUUACCACACCAUAUGAACUUACUGAAGGUUUAAAUGUAAGACUUUCUGAAGAACAGACGGAAUAUUUUACUCCUACAGUCUCCGAAAAUCCAUUCAGUUCAAAUGAUGUUACAAAUGAAAAUCCCACUACUGAUUUGAUGGAAAUUACAACUUUGCUUAACGAAACCACACCGGAUGGAAAAUUGGACAUUUCCACAAUUAACGAAACUAAUGCUUUCACUAUAUUCACUACUAGCAAUGCUCAGACAGAAGAAAACGACACAAGUUCUGUUGAAUAUAAUAACAAUAUUACAACUGAAACAAACUCGUUAACAAUAAAUGAAACGUUUAUCACAAAGCAAUCCACUUUUAUCACACAACCAAGUCAAACCAUGACAGAAAAAACUACGACAGAUAAAAAAUUGGACAUUUUCACAGUGAACGAAACAGAUACUUUCACGGAAUCCUUAGGAAUAUUCACUACUAGCAAUGUUCGGACAGUAGAAAACAACUCAAUCUCUUUUGAAUAUAAUAUGAAUUUUACAUCUGAAACGAAUUCAUAUACAUUAAAAGAAACGUUUCUUACAAAGGAAUCAACUUUUGUCACACAACCUGGCCAAACCUUGAUAAAAGAAACUACCACAGAUGGAAAACUGGACAUUUCCACAACUAACGAACCAGACACUUUCACGGAUUCCCAAAGAAUGAACACUUCUACCAAUGCUCAUAAAGUAGAAAACAACUCAAUUUCUGUUGAAUAUAAUAACAAUAUUGCAACUGAAACAAUCGCAUUAACAAUAAAUGAAACUUUUAUCACAAACGAAUUCACUUCUGUUACACAACCAGACCAAACUAUGACAAACCCUGCUGAGAAUUCGAAGGAAAUUGACAUAACCUUUCCAUCCACCGCUGACUUUGGAACAACAUUUGAAGAAAAUACCUAUGACAUAGUAAAUUACAACUUUACAUCAUCUCCAGAUUCUAUUUUAUCAAACAAUUCAUAUUCGGUUUCAAACUCGAUUACAACUGAGCAACAGGAAAACAAAUCAACUGUUGAGUUAACAUUUUCUCAAAAUAUGAUUGAGAAAACGUCCUAUGAAGUUCAGACUGUUUCUUCAAAUGGUGAUUUUCAAUCGUCCAUUCCAAGCGAUGGAUUAAACAACAUGACAUUUAAACACGAAGAAUUCGCAUCUUCUCCACAAACCAAUACUCUUUCUUCAGAUGGACCAAAUGCGAUAACAAUGCAAACUGAAUAUGUAUCAGAAAUAGUUACUCUAUCAUCUGAAUUCAGUUCAAGUACGCAGUCAACAAUUGCAGAACCUUCUACAACUGGAGAAUUCAAAACACAGCAAACAAACGAUGUAAAUGUAACAGCUGUUGUAGAUUUGAAAACAAUUCAUUCUAUAUUAGAAAACAUUACCAAAUCUAGUGCUGAAUCUACAUUAGAGGUUAGUUCAGAAUCAAGUUCCAAACCUUCAUCUGACGAUUUGACAACUAUCGCGGAGGAAAUUAAUUCAAAUGAUCUGUCUACGGAGUCAAAUAACUUAAACUCGAACAGCGUGUCAAGCAAAAACUAUUCUUUGUUAAGCACACCGCAGAAGUCUUUAGGGACAACAGAAAGUGAAACAAUGUUAGAAACUUUAUACACUAGCCACUCGGAUCAAACAUUCACAAACAAGAUGGAAAGUCUUUCGACAUUACAAUCAGCCACUGAGAAUGUAACUUUGUCAAAAGGAACUCAUUCAACACAGGGAAAAGAACAGUUCUCUCAAAAUAUCUCUAGGGAAUCCUUGACUUUAGAUAUAAUCUCAUCAACUGUUCCAAAAACAGUACCGUCAGAAACAGAACCAAAGCUCUCUACACAGUUUACCUUACAAAAAUAUUCUGAUUUGUCUUUGGAACCGACAAAACAAUCAGAGCAAUCUACAAAAGCAAUAACAGAGUUGAUAAACCUAACAACCAACACUAUAAAAUACCCAUCUGUAGAGACACAAGCCACGACCACAGAAGGUGUUAUUUUUACAGAAAAAUCUGAUAAUUACAUGUCUAAAACUCAAAUGAGUGAAUAUUCAAACAACACUCACGUUUCAAAGCCGCAGACCCCUUUAAUUGACGUGGGAUCCCCAAGUGAAUCAAGUGGUUUGUCAACAACAAGACGUCAUCAACCAUCGACCAAUUUUUUAAGUCAAAAUGUAACGGAAUCAAAAUCUCUCUCACCAACAGAUGAACAUCCAACAUUACCUUCAUCAGGAAGUACCUCAUAUCUAGACCGCAUAAGUUCUGAGUCAUCUACAUCACCAACUUCAACAUCUGCCUUCUCAUCUUCAACUGUUGAAAAAACAUCCCAACCUUCAUCUUCAAUAACUUUGAUAUCAAAUAAUUGCCAGUCAAGAUAUUUUCUGGAUACAGUAGGGGAACUUGUCAUAGAGGUGAAAAGUAAAUACCAGUUUAACGUAGUCAAGAAAGAAUUAAUGGACAUCGUUUGGGAAUAUGGAGUGACUGAUGUGCAAGUGAAAUUUAAUUUCACUUUCCAAGAAAACAUGUACAUAGUAUGGAUGAGAUUUGACUCAAGGACUUUGCCUCUGAAGAUAAUUGAAAUAAAUGAAAUAGCGGUUAAAUCGUGCAUGUCCUUACAACGGAGCGACAGUGGAACACAGAAUGUGGAAUUACAUAAAGAGACUUCUUCUGGAUCUGUUGCUGCGAUAGUUGUGGCGUUGUUGUAUUUUUCAACUCUUCUAAUCAUUGCAUUCAUCCUUAUACAUAGGAAAUAUAAACAAAGACUAAAAGUUGGAUCCACUACAUACCUAUCUGAGAAGACUUGUUCUACAAGAGCCACGAUGGAAACCAAUUUUGAAACUGAGAGUGAAUGUUAAGAAUGUGAAGUUGAAGAUUUAAUCUUACAGUGUCCAAAAAUCUGACAAUGAAUUAUCUCGGCAGAGAGAAACUAAUGUCUGAAAUUAAACAAGAAAAUAUGUGCAAUACCAGGUUAAAGAUCUUUCAAAUAUCUCAACAAUUAUAUUCUCUACAUUAUUUUCAAACUGUAUAAAAUUCUAGAAGGGAUGAAAAAUUAAUUGUCAUAGAUUUAGCUUAUUUAUUUUCUGUUAAACCUCCUUCUUGAGAAUUUUUACUC